AUAAACAUACUAUUAUCAUAUAACUACAUACAACUUUUAAAGCGGAUAAUCUACUCCGUACGUCCAAAUUUGAUAUUGUGGAAUCCUAGCCUAUCAUGUCUGCCCUACCACAAUACUUGACCGUGCAAACGAAAGGCAUCUACCAUGGCCUACCGGUCUUCCCUCAACCACUCAAGGGCCUCUCGGCCAUCGUCACGGGCGCCAAUGGCAUCUCUGGCGAUCAUAUGAUGCGCGUUUUGGCUGAGUCUCCUGAACGAUGGACCAACAUCUACGCGAUGUCGCGUAGACCACCGGCAGUGCAGAGAAAAUGGGUGGCCAACUUUAAGCACCUUCCACUGGACUUCUUGAAUAGUUCUCCCGAAGAAUUAGCCAAGUCCAUGAAAGAUAAUGGGGUCAAAGCGGACUACGUUUUCUUCUUUUCGUAUGUACAGGCUGAGCCGAAGGAGGGCCAGGGCCUGUGGUCUGACGCAGAGGAAAUGACGAGAGUCAAUGUCUCCCUCUUGCGCAAUUUUCUGGAUGCGCUGAAGCUUUCAGGAAUCAUUCCAAAGAGAGUUAUGCUCCAGACCGGUGCAAAAAAUUAUGGUGUGCAUUUGGGGCCAACGAUUAACCCGCAGCAUGAGUCUGAUCCUCGAGUGACACUCGAAUCGAAUUUCUACUAUCCCCAGGAAGACAUGUUGUUCGAGUAUUGCAGACAAACUGGUGCUGGAUGGAACGUUGUGAGGCCAUCGUCAAUCCUAGGGGCAGUCAAAGACGCAGCAAUGAACUUGGUAUACCCAUUGGGAGUGUUCGGCGCCGUGCAAUCUUAUCUGGGAAAGCCAAUGGUCUAUCCAGGUGACCUUAAUUCGUUCCAAGCGGUGCAAGAUAUGUCCACUGCCAUGAUGAAUGGUUAUCUUGAAGAAUGGGCGGUCUUAACCCCGGCAGCUGCAAAUGAAGCUUUCAAUGCUUGUGAUAACAGCCAGUUCACGUUCGGCAAAUUUUGGCUCAGGUUAGCGAAGUGGUACGGUGUAAGAUAUGAACUUCCAGACGAGAAUGCGGAGUACCAGGUGGUUCAGACUCCAUAUGAGCCUCCGCCAAGAGGAUUCGGCCCACGUGCAACGCAUCGAUUUCGCUAUACCUUUUCGGAAUGGGCAAGCAGGCCAGAAGUCCAAGCCGCUUGGAAAGAUCUCAUGAAGAAACACAAUCUUGAAUCAAAUCCUUUCAGCAACGAGAAGAAUCGCGAGAGAAUCUUCGGCUUCGCUGACGGCAUGAUGUUAGGAGUGACAGCACUCCAAUUCAAUAUGGACAAGGCUCACAAACUUGGCUUCUUUGGGACAGUCGACACUGUGGAAUCCAUGAAAAAGGUGCUGGAAGAGUUUGCAGAGCUCAAGAUGCUUCCACCAUUGCGAGAAUCAACAGGCCCAUCCCUAUAA